AAACCUGGAACAUGGGCACACAACAUCCCUGGCUCACUAGCUUUAAGGCGGGAACACCAACGACAGAGCCCCCGACGCGUCAGCGCACGGACGAGACAAAAACGCCGGCCGCGCUGCCCAGCUGGCUCCCACGGCUCGCCAGCUCGGACCACGCCCUCGCGGGGCCCGCGUGGCAGCCGCUGCACUGUGGCCGCCGUACCUCGCGCCGUCGCGCUCGCAGGGGCGGGACGCGGGAGCGGUGUUUCGAUUCGGUGGCGUUCUCGUAAUAAGGUACGCGAAACGGAGGGCUUUCUAGGCGUCGGGGUAGAUGCUGCAGUGCAGUGCAGUGCGGUGCAGAGGCUCCAAAAAGGACGAGACCAUGGUUGCUGGCUCGCUCGCUCGCUCGAGGGUCGAGUGCGUUUCUAACGCUGCCCACACCACACACCACACACCAGCCUAGUCGAGAAGAAAGAAACCUCCGGUCUCUGGGUCAGGUUCUCGCCGAGCACGCGAUUUCACCCGUCCUUUCGGUUCAGAUCUUGUUUCGGAUUCGACAGGCGAGGGUGGGAGUUAUAGAGGAGAGCCGGACAUUUCGGCGCGUUAUGCUGCCCAAGAGCAAGAGGGUGGGCGACGACGAGAAUGGUAGAUGGAAAUGGAUGAAGUGUUUAUAAUGUACUCAUCCAGAUUGCAAUUUAGCUCAGUCAGACUCUGGUUUUGAGAUGGCCUUGCAGUUGUAGGCAUAGAAGAUGAACACGUCCAUGCUUCUCAGAGGCUGCAAUAUCUGAGCAAAGCUAAUCAGGAGUUGCAACAUAAUAUGCUGUCAAUUAUGAUCAAUUUGGUCUGACGAAGAUUUUCUGCAAACAAAUAGUAAAGCUAAAGCUUGUGGAUACAAGAACUUCAGCAUGACGAAGAAACACAAAAUUAGAAAGUCCAAGCAUCUUUUAGAGAGCAAAAAGGAUGUUGAUGAAAAUGUGGAGAACAUUUUAAGAAUGAUAGAGGAGGAGAACGAACAGACUGAGAAUGAACAAGAUGAUUCUGGAAAUCCCGUCAGGAAAUCAAAGCUAUCUUCCCUUGUGAAGGGCUUCCAUGAGGACUAUCAAUACCUUCACAAGCACUACAAACAGCUAAUUAGCAAACUAGAAACUGCUGGCCACAGUUCCUCAGGUUCAGAUUCAUCUGAUUCAGAUGUGGAAGGAGACAGAUUAGAGAAUAAUGUAACUACACCAAAAGCAGUGUUGAAUGAAGAAAACGGCCUGAACCAUAAGCUUGAUGAGGUUCAUAGCAUGGAAGCAGAAAUCGAGAUGCUAAAACAAAGUACAGAAGAACACACCAAGGAAAUAUCUGAUCUGAAACAGCUACUAGAAAAAGCAAUCAAGGAUAAAGAAGCUACAAGGGGAGAGUUCACUUUAGAGGUUGCAAAUUUAUCAUCUGAGAAUGAAAAUCUGAAAUCAUUAGUUGAAACUGCAAAGAGGGAGGAAGGAGACUUGCUUAACAUCAUAAAAUCUAAGGAGAAUGAGGUCAAAACAUUGUCUAGUGAGAAGCAAACUAUUGAAGAGGAGAGAGAUAACCUGAAGAUGUCAGUUGUAGACAUGAAGAAGGAGAUGGAAGAUCUGAGCAAUCAGCUCAAAGAUACAGUGGAUAAAUGCAGCGUCAUGGCAUCAGAACUAGAGAAGUCCCUGAAGGCUGAGAAAGAAGUGCAGACCUUGUUUGAAGAAAACCAGAACCUGAAGAACCAUAACUUGAUGCUGUCGGUGGAGCAUGAUAACCUGAAAGCACUUCAUCAUAACUUAGAUAUUGAGUGCUGUCAACUGAAGGCAACCAUUGCAGAAACCAAAGCUGAAAAUGAAUCAUUGACCACAGAAAAUCAUUCAGCUGAAAGAAAACUCCAGCAAUUGAGGGUAGAAAUAGAUGGCUUGAUGGCUGAGACCACAGUGAUAAUGAACAAUCUGGACAAGGAACGUAGUACUGCAGCAGAAGAAAAAGAAAGGCUAACAUCAGAAAAUUCUGUAUACAUGAGUGAGUUAGAGGAGGCACAAUCUAAUGUUAAGGAUCUAGAAAAGGAACUGGAGUCAACAAAAAGUGUUCUCAAUAAUCGUAUUGCGGAGCUAUGUAAGGAGAAGAAUUCUACCACAUCAGAGAUAGAACGGCUAGAGGCUUCUUUGAUGAAUCAUCAGAACGAUCUGUCACAACAACUUGAUAGGAUUUCAGAUAUGCAGAAGACUACUGAAAACCUGGAGCUGGCAAAUUCUAACCUGCAUAAUGAGAUUGUAAAAGUACAAGGACAAAAGAAUGAAGCUGUUGCUUCUAUAGUUAAUCUCGAGAGCAUGUUAGAACAGCAAGUACAAGAGAUUGCAAAUCUUCAGGAGGCCAACAAAGAACUCAAAGCAGCAAAGACUGAUCUACAUAAUGAGGUUAUGUUACUUCAACAGGAGAAAAUUGUAGCACUGACUCAGUUACAAGAAUAUGAGGCUCAAAUCAAGAAUCUUCGAAUUGACUUGGAACAGCAGUGCAACCAAAUUUCAGUUAUGCAGCAAGCAAAUGAAGAAACACAGGAUAAAAAUUCUAGCUUGCACAAGCAACUGGAAGAAACUAGGAUUCAUCUGCAAGAGGAGAUCAUUGCAUUACAAGGAGAGAAGGAAGAGGCCAUCAGUAGCUUACAGCAGUCAAAUGAUUCACUCAAGACCCUAGAAGUCCAGUUAGAGCAGCAAAGAGAACAAAUUUCUGUUCUGCAGCUUGCUCAUGAAGACUUGCAAAAUAGCAAUUCCAACCUAGAGAUGCAAUUGGAAGAGGCGAAGGUUAGUCACCAUGCUGAAAUUCUAGCAUUACAAGAUGAAAAGAACAAGAUUAUUUCAGAGUUGCAGCAGUCAGAUGGUUGUAUCAAGAACCUUAGAUUUGAGUUGGAGCAAGGAAAAGAGCAAACCUCAAUCUUGCUUCAUGCUAAUGAAGAUAUGAAGAAUAACAUUUCUGUCUUGGACAAGCAAUUGGAAGAGGUCAGGAGCAGUUUGCAUGCUGAAAUUGCAGAAGUACGUGCAGAGAAGGAGACAGCUCUAUCAGAGUUACAUAUGUCUCAGACUUCCAUCAGGAACUUAGAGAGUGUGGUAGAAAAGCAAACUGAGAACAUUUUAACUCUAGAAAAAGCUAAUGAUAAGUUAAACAAUAAAAUAUGUAUCUUGACAGAGCAAGUAGAACAAGCCAAGGCUGAGCUGCAUAAGGAGGUAGCGGCAAUACAAGAAGAGAAGGAUACAGCACUAACACAAUUAAGACAGUCAGAGUUUUCAAUACAAGAUCUUGAGAAUGAGGUGACACGACUGAAAGACGAACUUUCAAUUCAGCUGGAAAAAAAUUCCACCUUGGACAAGCAAUUUGAAGAAUUCAAGAGCAAGCUGCAUGCUGAAAUUUUAGACCUACGCGCAGAGAAGGACACAUCUCUAUUGGAGUUACAGACAUCUCAGGAUUCUGUAAGGAAUCUUGAGAUUCUGGUUGAAAAGCAAACUGAGAACAUUUCAACUCUGCACCAAGCUAAUGAUGAGUUACAGAAGAACAUCUACACUUUGACUGAGCAAUCACAACAAGCCAAGGAGGAGAUGCAGGAUGAGUUGAAGGCAAUACAAGAAGAGAAGGAUACAGUGCUAACACAACUGAAGCAGUCAGAGACUUCAGUACAAAAUCUAGAGGAUGAGGUGACACGACUGAAAGAGGAACUUUCCGUCCAGCUAGAAAACAAUUCCACCUUGGACAAGCAGUUUGCAGAAGCUAGGAGCAAUCUGCAUGCUGAAAUUUCAGACCUACGUGCAGAGAAGGGCACAUCUCUACUGGAGUUACAGAUGUCUCAGGCUUCUGUCAGGAAUCUUGAGAUUUUGGUCGGAAAGCAAACUGAGAACAUUUCAACUCUACAGCAAGCUAAUGAAGAGUUACAAAAGAACAUCUACACUUUGACUGAGCAAUCACAACAGGUCAAGGUGGAGAUGCAAAGUGAUUUGAAGGCAAUACAAGAAGAGAAGAAUGCGGUGCUAUCACAACUGAAGCAGUCAGAAACUUCAGUACAAAAUCUUGAGAAUGAGGUGAUACGACUGAAAGAGGAGCUUUCUGUCCAGCUAGAAAACAAUUCCACCUUGGACAAGCAGUUUGAAGAAGCCAGGAGCAAUCUGCAUGCUGAAAUUUCAGAGCUACGUGCAGAUAAGAACACAUCUCUAUUGAAAUUACAGACGUCUCAGGAUUCUGUCAGGAAUCUUGAGAUUGUGGUUGAAAAGCAAACUGAGAACAUUUCAACUCUACAGCAAGCUAAUGAUGAGUUACAGAAGAACAUCUACACUUUGACGGAGCAAUCACAACGAGACAAGGCGGAGAUGCAGGAUGAGUUGAAGGCAAUACAAGAAGAUAAGGAUGCAGUGCUAACACAACUGAAGCAGUCAGAGACUUCAGUACAAAAUCUAGAGGAUGAGUUGACACGACUGAAAGAGGAGCUUUCCGUCCAGCUAGAAAACAAUUCCACCUUGGACAAGCAGUUUGCAGAAGCCAGGAGCAAUCUGCAUGCUGAAAUUUCAGACCUACAUACAGAGAAGGACACAUCUCUACGGGAAUUACAGACGUCUCAGGCUUGUGUCAGGAAUCUUGAGAUUGUGGUUGAAAAGCAAACUGAGAACAUUUCAACUCUACAGCAAGCUAAUGAUGAAUUACAGAAGAAUGUCUAUACUUUGACUGAGCAAUCACAGCAAGCCAAGGUGGAGAUGCAGGAUGAGUUGAAGUCAAUACAAGAAGAGAAGGAUGCAGCGCUAACACAACUGAAGCUGUCAGAGACUUCAGUACAAAAUCUUGAGAAUGAGGUGACACGACUGAAAUGGGAGUUCUCCGUCCAGCUAGAAAACAAUUCCACCUUGGACAAGCAGUUGGAGGAGGCAAUGUUGAAAGUGUCUAGCCUACAUGAGAAUCUUGAGAAGGCCCAAGCUGAAGCAGCUUGUCAACUUGAUGGCAUGAGUACAAAAACCAAAGAUCUAGAGGAGACAAUCAAUCAAUUGUCUUCUCAAAAGACUAAGUUGGAGAAGGAUGUGAAAAUUAUGAUUGAAGCAUGCACAGAAAACAUGUCAUGUUUGGCAGGAUUUGAAGAUAGAGUUACACAAAAAAUUUCAGAUCAGGAGGCAGGACUGAAGGUUCUCCACCAGAGCCUUGGAGGGGCUGUUGGUAGCUGUCAGAGGCUUCAGUAUGCAUAUGAUGAGGUGUCCACAAGGGCAUCACAUCUUGAGAUACUUAAGAGGAGUCAGAUGGAGCAGAUUGAUCAGCUAGAGCAGAAAAACACAGAAACUGUGGAGAAACAUCGGCUUCUGGAAGAGGAAAAGUUAUCUGCAAAUAAGGAGAAUAUUAAGCUACAAAAGCAUGUCCAAGACCUUGAAGUUCAGCUCCAGCUAGCAAAGCAGAAGCUUAAAGUUACUGAGGCAGAAAGCAAAUGCAAAGAAGAGAGAUAUGAAGCGUCAGUGGAAGCACUGCGGGCAGAGAUCUGUCAUCUUGAACAAUUAGUACAGCAGUUUUCAGGGAGAGUCAGCUUGCUGGAAGGAACUCUCAUGCAGGUUAAAGGACAUGCUGAGUCAGUGGUCUGUAAAUGGGCUGACAAAUUGGAUGAGCUAGAAACAAUCUGCAGUCAGAAUUUUGUGCUCUUCAUUGACCGCUCAUCUGCAUGUAGUGACGAGCUUAAAAUCCUGAGGAAGAAGGUACAUGAUCAUCUUAAUGAACAGAAGGAACUUGCCAAUGCGAACAACGAGCUGGCUAUUAGGUUCAAAGAGAAAGAAAUGGUGGUGUCAGAAAUGGUGAAGAGUGCUGCUGAGGCACAGACAAAGAUGCUCCAGCUCCAGAAGACGGUGGACGAGAAAGAAGACGAGCUAGCAGCUAGAGUGCAGGAGAAGAGAGAAGCCAUCAAGCAACUGAGCGACACCAUUGUUUACCACAAGAACUAUAGCGAUGACCUGGUGCGCUACAUCCGCAGUCAGAGUCGCCCUCGCCUCCCGUUCUGCCUUUAAAUCUGAAAGUCAAUGAAAGAUGUAAAGGCUUAAUCUAGCUGUGAUUUUUUUUUUUUGCAGUAAGGAGACCAUUGCAAUUUUUCUUAUGUAUCAUAUAUAGGGCUCGAAUACUUUCUGGAGGUAGCCAUAUAUUCAGUGGCUUGUGUAUUCUAUUCGCUACUAAGGGGACUGCUGUAGUAAUUGAUUUAUUCGUUUUGCCUUA